GCCCCCCGUGUUCCCGAGGAGGGUGAGUUCAGGGAAAGACUGAGCCGCCCUGUCAAUCACAAUUAAGGAGCCAUGGGAGUCAACUGCUAGGGAAGCUCGGCGGGGCCGCUGUGUUCACGGUGACAGCUCGGGUUCCUCCUUUGAAAGAAAAACAACAAAAAAAAACCUGCGCAGAAACGACAACUAUGCGCCGGCUCACGGUGGGACAUCCGCACCUCCCCUCGCCAACUGGGGAAUCGCUCCACUUUGCCGGGAAUUAGCAUGAGGCGUGACAUGUAACCGAGGAAAAAAACAACAAGAAAAACAACCGUAGCGACUUCCAGUGGCCUGCGUGUGUUUGUUUUUUCGUUGGUCGCCUACACCGCGUUGCAAUUUGGAACCAAACACACGAGUCGCCCGUUGCUAUUUGAACAAAAAGGCGGCGUCGCGGAGGUUCGUGCCCCCCCCCCCCCCCCGGGUCUCAGGAUAUACCCGUUUAUUGGACUGCAACUUGUGGAAGAAUUCCGGUUCUGUGCAUUGUCAAGGGAAACUCGGCACAAGAACGAGACGAUCCCGAAGAGCAGCGGCGGCGGCGGCGGUCGCCACUCCGAACCGCGGGGAGAGCGAGGAAGGAGCAGCGAUGAGCGGGGGGGAUGUGGUGUGCUCCGGCUGGCUGAGGAAGUCUCCUCCUGAGAAAAAGUUGAGACGUUACGCAUGGAAGAAGCGGUGGUUUGUUCUUCGCAGUGGCCGUCUGACAGGCGACCCAGAUGUGUUGGAAUACUACAAGAAUGACCAUACCAAGAAGCCCAUCCGCGUGAUCGAUCUCAACUUGUGUGAGCAGGUGGACGCUGGGCUGACGUUCAACAAGAAGGACUUGGAGCAUAGCUUCAUAUUCGACAUCAAGACCAUUGACCGUGUCUUCUACCUGGUGGCGGACACCGAAGAGGAGAUGAAUAAGUGGGUUCGCUGCAUCUGCGACAUCUGUGGUUUUAAUCCCACUGAUGACGAGGCAGCAAAAGCUGCUCACCAGUCAGCCAUCGGUGGCCUGAUAGUGGACACCCCUCCUCAUCCGGCACUGGGUAAUAUUGUCGGUCCAGCAGCUGCGGUGCUGUCCAGCGUUCCUCCUCCAUACCAGCCGGUCAGUGUGCGACACCUGGACUCUCAGUCCAGCUCAGAGGAGCCUCAGGAUUACCUGUGGCUGGUCAACUGUGAGAGUAAAAAGCCUGAACCCAACAGCUCAGUACAGCUUCACUCUCCACUGGAGGGAGACCAGGAGUAUUUGCUCCUGGAGGAGUGUGAGAGCAAGACUCUUCCCCCACAGGCUAGUCUAGCCCAUGCGGAGUGUUCCAAGUCUACCUCUUCAGAGACGGACCUGAACGACAACCUCCCCUCUCACCGCACGCCUACAUCCUCCACUUCCUCGGCUAAACACAACUCGCACAACGGCUUCUUCCCUCAGCACCCGGCCCCCGCCUCGGCUUCUUCUAUCUACGACUCUCCUCCGUCACGUGGUGCCUCGCUCUCGACCGACGGCGGCCUUUACCACCUGCCUCGCAGCUACUCCCAGGACACUGUGCUGCUCCCAAAGUCGGCCUCCUCCCCUCCAGCCCACCCGGACAGCGGGGACGCUUUUGAGGUUUAUGUCUUUAACACACCAUCACGGAAGCCUUCGAUGGAAACGCAGCUGCGCAACCUUUCCAUCAGUUAUGAUAUUCCACCCACACCUGGCGCAAACUCUACCUACCAGGUGCCCCGCACGUUGUCAGCGUCGACAGGUGUCGGAGGCUCAGAGGGUGGGGGAGAUGUAGUCCCCCCUCCAAGACCACCUAAGCCUUCGCUCAGUUCCACCUCAGGACCCCCACCGCCCCCUGCUGAGCGCUCACCUACAGACACCUAUUGUGUGCCUCGCUCAGCCUCAGAGACAGAUGGGAACUACUGUGUGCCUACUAGUGCUGGGAAUAAGGCCUUACGCAGCAACACUAUUGGCACUGUGGACUGUUCACGCCUCCGCAAAGAUUUCGGAUCCCAGGACUGCUAUGACAUUCCACGAUCAUUCCCCUCGGACAAAAGCUGCUCAUUUGACUUCAACGAAAGCUUCAACACCUACUUCAAAAACAAAGGAAUGAUGCCAGUUGGUAGCCAGUCCACAGAAGAGGUGGACCAGAACUACGUACCCAUGAGUGCCAACUCGCCGUCACAUCAUCACUCGGGCAGUUUGUCAGAGCCAAUGCACGAACCCAACUAUGUGCCCAUGACUCCGAGCACCAUGGAGUUCUCCUCCCUGGGGAAGCAGGUCCCCCCGCCCGCACACAUGGGAUUCCGCUCUAGUCCCAAGACCCCUCCUCGCAGGCCAAUGCUCAGUGACUGCCAGCCCCCGCCUGUGGACCGAAACCUCAAACCUGAUCGCAAAGGUCAGAGUCCUAAAAUAAUAAGAGCAAAAGGUGUUGGUUUAGAGCGAACCGACUCUCAAACCGUAGGUGAAUUCCCAAGGGGACGACGCAAGGGAAAACCAGCUCCACUGGAGAUCAAACCACUGCCAGAAUGGGAGGAGCCCAGUACGCCUGUCCGUUCGCCCGUCACACGCUCAUUUGCUCGGGAUCUCUCUAGGUUUCCAAUGCCAGCGAGACCCCCGUCAGUGCAUAGCAUGGCCUCCAGCACUGACUCCGAGGACUGUGAAGAGAAUUAUGUAGCCAUGGUCUCUAAUAUGUCCACAGAUGAACCAAACAUGAAGCUUGUUCCGCCCAUGACCGCGGAUGGUGGUAGCAGCCCCAUGAUAAAGCCAAAGGGAGACAAACAGGUGGAGUACCUGGAUUUGGAUCUUGACUCCGGCAAGUCCACCCCACCUAGGAAGAUUAAAAGCAAUGGAACUGGUAUGGCAGCAUCGGAUGAGCGCGUUGACUAUGUAGUUGUGGACCAGCAACGGACACAGGCCCUUAAGGACACCAGGGAGGCCUGGAAUGAUGGCCGCCAAUCCACAGAGACGGACACCCCUUCCAAAGGACCUAAGUGACCCCGUUGCCCUAGCCGCCAACCCACCCUUCAAACCCCCAAACCGCUCCGCCGUUUUCACCCGUGUUGGCUGUGGUUUGUGCUUUGGGGCGGUCCAGCUGUCGUGUUCCACCUCAACGAGAUGCUUUAUGUGUCGAGGCCAGUGGAGCCUUAUAGCCACUCAGCAACUGUCUUUAGUUUACAAUGCUGUCAGACCAAAAUCAGCACUGUGUGUACAGUUGUAGGAAGAGGUGCGGGCCAGGAAUAAGCUGUGUGCAGUAUGAAAGCAGGUGGAAUGACUGGACUUGUCCUCCGGGUUUGACUUAAGUGGACUCACGAACUUUGAACGUUCACUGCCUCCUUUAUUGGAUUUUUUUUCUUGUUUUAGUUUUUUUCUGUUGUUCACCUUUCAAUGGCCAGUGGGCUGACCCAGAGUUAACAUUUCCUUAAAUUAUAAUGCUGUUUGCUGUUGUUUUGAAGUGAAAUCACUUGAUAACAUGAUCACAUUACAAUGCAACACUUGGCAACGAGUUGGCAGAGCUAAUAGUUAACAGUGUUGGUUUUUGAGUUUAUCCUGUUUGAGCAGGGUGUUUCCAUGGGCACUGUUCACAGGUCAGUUUUACUAUUUCUUCACUGUGUCAUAGUGGAUGGCUGAAAUUGAAACUGUCAAACCAGAUCCCUAGAAUUUUAUUACCCUUUUUCUUUCAAUACAAAGGCAGUUGAACUUGUUUAUUUUAGAUGUAACUAAGUGCUCAAUUAAAGCUUUGAAUUCAUUCAAGGUUAAAUCCACUGAACAUGAUUUUGAUAUCCAUUUACUUUGUAAGUGGAGAUGCUUCAAUCUGUUAAAAUGGAAGUGCAAAGACUGUACAAAAGUGUUAUGUAUAUAAACAUGAAAAGUGUCCUUUAUUUGUAUGGAAUUUCCAGUGUGUUUGGCUCAAAGGUAUGUGGAUUCUGCAGGGUAGAAUCCUGUGCCUGUCUUAGGUGGUAUCAGGACUUGUGAUUAAUGAAUGAAUUACUGUGAGUUUUUAGAACGUGACAGGUUUUUCUAUAAGUUAUGCAAAAGGUAUCAAACUUAGGCUACAGAGAGAAAAUAUCAGGUACUCUUAUAAAUACAAACUAAUACAGCUAUCCACUUCUAAUUUAUUUCUCAAGUUAUUUCAUCUGGUGGAUGUCGUAUCCACUCUCUGCUCAGUACUGUUGAUUCAUAUGGAGAUACAUUUGCGAAAGUCUGUUAAAAUGCUUAGCUUGACAAGUGUCGGUCAAUUAGUUUCACAAGAUCAUUGAUAUUCCUAAUUUCUCUCUCCUCUUAGGUUUUAUUAAAUUCAAAUCGAAGUGGCAUACAGUGUUGGGAGAUCGACUGCCACGCGUAGUCAACUAGAUGCAUCUUUUAUAGACAGUGAAAAAGUCUUUGUCUGCAUAAAUCUGUGCUUUACUAACCUGUGAACUCUAAGUCAAAAGUCCCAAGCAUGUGCUGCCACGAGAUAAAGUCAUUGCUGUACAUAUUUUGCCAUGUGUAAGAUUAACAUAUAUCAUUUGAAAAAUGUGCCUACUAAGUCGUCUAAAUUCUACUUCACUCUUUCCUUACCGCAGUCUCUUUGUGAUACAGACUGCAAAGCUGAUGAGGGUUUUAUCUUUUUUAAUGAAUCUCAACAGAAAAUGUAAAUUUUAAAAAGUGGACUAAAUAAAAUCAAACCUCUUA